AUGACUUCAAAUCAAUCUGUUUUCGACCUCAUGAACAGUUUUCUGACACAGGAUGAGUAUUCUCUAGUGGAUAAUAGCAGUUGCAAUUUUUGCAGUUCCAGAAUACAAUGUCCAAACCAAAUAUGCAGCUCGGUUUCUGAUGAUCUCCAUAUGAUGGAGCAACACUAUACAACUUGCCAUCAUCACUUCUGCCCUGACUGUAAAUUGAGUUUUGUAUCCUCACAUCUUCUGUCAAUACAUGAACAGACAGUACAUUGUGGGCCUUUCAGACCAAAGUUAGACUGUUUCCUUACUGUGUGCCCUCACAAGUUUUCCUGCCCUUCCGAACUUUUCGCACAUGCCUUCGAAUGUCAUGGAUUUACUUGUGAUUCGCCAGUCCUCUUAGGUACUAUGCUUGAUGAAGACAGUUAUGGCUCAUAA